AGAGCUAAAGGACGCAGAUGUGCAACGCGCAGGUAUCCAGCGUUGCAUUUCAUGCUGUCAUCGCGGUGAGACCGUCUCGUGCGUGCCCUGCCCAGCUUUGAUCGACGCAGGUGUAUCUGUAAGACUUACGGGUAAAGCGACGCUUCAAGAGCCGCACUUUUUGCAGUUAGUUUUGUUUUUACUCGCAAGCUUGGCUGCAUUAUCUAGACAUUUUAUUAGUUCCAGAGUUGCAGCAUCACAUUCGAACUCCGCUCCUGUCUGCUCGUACGGCUGCUGGUGCGGCUGUUAUCCCUUCCUUUUGGGCGGCCCCACUUGAAGAUCUUCGCGCAAUGACGUCCCUCGUGCCCUUCGACUUCCGCUGUGUCGGCCAACUGACAGGCAUAUCUCUUCGCUGCGCCCCUCUGCACAUCUGCUUACCAUUCGAAUGGCCGUCGGCAUCCAGUGAUACGACGGAGAAGCACAGUACACUUGCACAAGAAACUACCGCAUCUGUCCUUGCGUCAAUAGGCGACGCAACGCCGCCGUCGCCUCGCACAGGGAAUCCAGGCGCAGUGGAUAUUCCAGAGCUUGUGGAGACGAAUGCAACGUGCACUUCAUCGUCCGCAACCCCGCUGCCACCGCCGGAGGCUGAGCGGGCACUUGCGCCGUCCAUGCAGGCCGCCUCUCCGACCCACAGCCCCGCCGUGGCAAAGUCCACCUCCGCUACUGCGCCAACAGCAUCAUCAUCGUCGUGUGGGACACGCAUGCCGGGCUCCGCGCCACGUGUCAUCGGUCUGCACAACCCUGCGCUGUGCAUGGAGACGUUUUUUGAGCUGUUCCCAGCGGAUGAACUAGCCAACGGGGACGAUGCACGCAGCUUUUCUGACCUGAGUUGGAAAGAGAAACCGGCGGAUAGGAACGGAGGCCAUUCCGCGGUGAAGGCGGAUGGUGAAGGAGCUUCGGAAGCUCCCGUGUACACCAGCGAGGUGGUGCGUGGAAGCAGCUACCCGAACUGGUCCUCUAUCCCGAUUGCUGCGCUGCAGCCUUAUGCGCACAGCACACACAUCGAGCUUUCGUUUUUUUACACUGGCUCCUGCAUCUCUCACGCGUGCGCGCUGGAUGAAGGACGUCCUGAAACCGAUCCACCGCAGAUGGCCACAGAGAGUGUGACAGCUGCUCCUUGCCGCGCGAUCUCUAUCGGUGACGAAGUGGAACCUGUGAAACACGGCGCUGCAUCCUCUGCUCCGUCCGACGUGUGUGUUCACCGCUGCCGCGUAGAUGUCCGUCAAACCUUCUACCUUGGCGCAACAAUGGAAGAAGCCGAUGUCACGUUAAGUCGGCUUCUGCGUCUCGAACAGCAGCGAGCGCAGGGCCCGCGUCACCUCCCCCGUCCUCUCAUCUAUCUGCGCUGCUCGGACGGCGUCUUUGUGCCAACGUCGUGCUUCGCCGAUUGGCAGGCUCCGGUAGCGAGCACGUUUAACGAGUGGCAGGCCACCCGCACGCACACCUUCUGCCCGGCACCCGCAGCGGCCGACUUCCACGGUUCUUCGCCGACGCCGUCUUCUCUCAACACCAUUGCGGGUCGAAACUCACUCGCUGCGUUGGCGGCUGCGCAGGCAGCGGCCGCGUGUGUGGAGCUCCCGUGGAGUCGUGCGCCGUCCUCGAUUGGGUGGCGCUACCCCGCCUUUGCGGUCCCCCGCGUUGGUCAGCCGCGAGCCACCAUGGGGGACGUGAAGGCGGCCGCGUAUGGCACACUUGCGUGGGGGCGACUGGCCUCUGUGGCGGAGCAGCGCAAAACCGCGCUGGCCAACCAGCUGGAUGCGGAGGCGACGGCACACCCGACGGAGCGUGCCGUCGCGGCGCGGUGCGCUGCCGUGCGGGUGCAGCUAUCCGCCGCACGUGAGGCGUUGACGCUCUCCACGUUGGAGCUGGAGAGCUUGCGGGAACGUGUCGGGCAGCGUCAGCAGCGUCUGCAGCGCGAGGAGGAGACCCUCGCCGCUGUGCAACAGUACGAAAGCAUCUUAACGUCUCCCGAGUCGGUGAAGGUGCAGCGGGAGCAGGUGCGAAUCGAAGAGGCGCAGCGGGCGCAACUACGUGCCCAGCUCGCGCGCGUUCGGCAGCGCCGUGUACGGGAGCUGUGCCUCGUGUACACGGUGACGCUGUCGUCACAUUACGCAUACCACGCCUGCGCGAAUGCGGCCGAUGCGAAGGAUCACAUCAACACCGCUUCCUUGCCCAUUUUGUUCGCUGGGCGUGCCGAUGCAGACGCCGCGUCGCAUCUCGUUGCGAGCACCGCCGACGCCAUGCACGAGGAGGCGGUGGGACUCGGACACGCUUGUCACCUGCUGAUCGUGCUUUCCAUCUUGUACAGUUGCACGUUGCCCUAUCCCAUCUUGCUGGGCAUUGGACAGAGCCACGUGUUAGCGUCGCCGAGCGUUGACGCCGCACAGGCGCUGGACGCGCCGUACACGCUAACCGAAGCCCGAAAAUACCCCCUCAGCUGUCGCAAGGUUGCGGAGAGGCCGCUGAUGAUGGCGGGGGUUCACCUGCUCUUGCGCGAUGCGGCGGUGCUGGCCAAGACGAUGGGGAAGCCAGAGCGGCGCAUCGCCUCGUGUUCUGAUCGACUGGGUGCGCUGCUCCACUUGCUCUUGUAUGACGCCGAGUGA